GCAAGAACAAAAUAUUCAUAAAGGCGAAUAAAAGGAGGGAAAAAGGAGGCCGUCAGAUGCAGAAAAAGGGUCCUUAGAACGAGGGGAGCGAGGGCUCUCUUCAGCAAACUUAGCCCUUUGAAGCUUGCACACAACUCUCUCUCUCUCUCUCUCUCUCUCUCAAAUGACCAGAUUAGAGUUAUCAAAACGUACGACAGCGUGAGCUACAAUCCUUAAACACAUUUUUUAGAGCAAACUGCAUAUAUAAUACAACAAACUACCUAGGAAGUUGAUCAUCAACAAGCAACAAUAGCUACCUGCGCUUGCGUGCUCAUUAAUUCAAGCUCUUUGAUCUUUCUUCUUUAUAGCUUCUAUAAUUGUUGGCAAAGCCUGAGUUGGGUUAUGAGUUCGAUCAGAUAAUAGAUCGAUCUCCUCCUACAGACCUCAAGAUGUGGGCAAGAUUUAAAGCUUCAAAGAUUAAAGGGAAGGAAGCUAUCAGAAAUGUUCGAAAAAGCUUCAAUCUAAACGAGGAGUACCGGAGUGCAUUUAGAACCAAGUCCUAUGCAGACUUCUUCAAUAAAGCUCAACUGAUUGUGAGCCAGCCAUCAUGUUCUUCUAAUCACGAGCAUGAUCAGAAAUUCUCAGAAAUUCUCCUAGAACCUGGUCAAGAAUCCAUCCCCGCUAUUCUUGAAUCCGCAAUUCUUUCCCACUUACCCGAAUUGAAAGGCCUCAUGCUCGAGUACUAUGAAAUAAGUGCUGAGGCGUCAAAAAUCUGCACCCACCUCUUGAAAAGCAUCCACCAUAUUCAGUCUAACUACCACUUCAUUGAACAAGCACUUGACAAAGUUGAGGACCAUUCUCCUGAAAAAAUAAAAUCGAUUGUUUCGGAGCUACACUUGUCCAUUGUCCAAAACCAUGGUAACCCAUUUUCAAAUCCGAAUGACCAUGAGUUCAAGCUCAUCCAUGACAAGUACUCUUCAUUUUUACAGCACCUAAAGUCAAUGAGGAAAAGGGUGGCAAGGAAACUUAAGCUUAUCGAGUAUUUCAAGAAGGCUUCUGGGAUUUUCCUAACAGUAGCUUGUAGUUUCGUUGCUAUAACUGCUGUUAUUCUAUCAGCUCAUGCUUUUGGUGCCUUGCUCAUGGGACCAGCCCUUUUCAACUUCCCAUUUAAGCGUUUGAAGAAAAAGCUCGGUAGUUGCAUUCCAUUUUUAAGGAGUAGGGUUCUUACCAAAGCUGGAGAACAACUUGACGUGGCAGCUAAGGGGACUUAUAUAUUAAAUAGGGAUUUCGACAUGAUGAGUCGACUGGUUGCAAGGCUUCAUGAUGAAGUUGAACACAACAAGAUGAUGAUACACUUCUGCUUGGAGAGAAGAGAGGAAAAGUAUUCUUUGCAAGUUGUCAAGGAGCUUAAGAAGAGUAAUGGCGGGUUUAGAAAGCAAGUGGAGGAGCUUCAAGAGCACGUGUAUCUGUGUCUUGUAACUAUCAAUAGAGCUAGAACUAUGGUGACAAAGGAGAUGACCGAAUCUUGUAUCAGAAACUAACUUAGGAUACAUGGUACGUAGCACCCACAGAAACCUUUCUACAGGAUAGUUCAUUUUGUGUAUAUAAAUGUAUGCUUGUUAUACUAAAAAUGCACCAAGUUUUUUUU